AUGUCCGACGUCGAGGCGUACGAGCUCACCGAAGCUCCUGCUUCACGAGCGGCAGCCAGCGCAAUGUCGACGGAUGAGCUACAAGACGACCAGCCCGUGGUAGAGUCGCGUCUACACAAGAGAACCCUCCUCAAGCUUGAUUUUCUCCUGCUUCCCUUUUUGGCCCUCUUCUUCCUGUUCAACGCGCUCGACAAGACGAACAUAGGAAAUGCAGAGUCUGCCCACUUCACCGAAGAUGUCGGACUGAACAAGGAUGUCCUGAACACGGCCGUCGCCCUCUUCUUCGCCUUCUUUGUCAGUCUCCAGCCGCUUGGCGCCGCCCUGGGAAGGAGAUUUGGUAUGGUACUUUGGGUACCGUCAUGCAUGCUUGCAUGGGGCGUUUCUACUGCCCUGCAUGCUUGGAUACGACACAAGUGGCAGCUAUACACUUUGCGCAUACUCAUAGGUGCCCUCGAAGCCGGCUUCUAUCCCGUUACCGUUACCUAUCUGUCUCUCUUCUACACGCGCUUCGAGUUCGGGAGACGCUUGUCGUUCUUCUACGGUCAGGCAGCCGUGGGUGGUGCUCUUGGAGGGCUGCUAAGCUACCUGGUAUUCUCGCAGUUUGGAGCCAACCGCCAGACGGGAUAUAAGCCAUGGCAGGUACUCUUUCUCUUGGAAGGAUGCCUCACCGUAGUUGUCGCUAUUGCUGGGUACUUUUGGUUACCGCAUAGCGCAGACACGGCCUGGUUUCUUGCACCCGAGGAACGCAAGUACGCCUGCACACGCGUUAUCCAGGACAGGGAUAUACAAAAUUCGUCAGAUGAAACACGCAAAGAUGAUUUGGAUCCCGAGGAAGAACACGACGACGAAGCUCGUGAUCUUUUACAGCCAUCAAAACGCUCGGCUGCGGCAAAUGCGCAGGCAAAGCAGCUCAUUGACGACCGUGGACUCACGCCCCAAGAUAUAGUAUCUGCAAUCUUCAACACCAAGAUCUGGCACAUUCUGGUAUGCAACAUUCUUGCUGCUGUUCCAGUCUAUGCUUUUUCUAUCUUCCUUCCAUUGGUUCUCGCUCCGUUGACAGAAAACAAGGAUCCUGCCUUGGUCAAUCUGCUUACUGUACCACCCCAUUUCUGCGGCGCCGUCACGCUCUACUUGUUUGCUACAUACAGCGAUAAGCAGCGCAUACGGCUCAAGCCGGUCCUUGCUGGCCUGUUCAUCAUGGCUUUGGGACUAGUUUUGGUCGUACUGUUCCCGAUUUCAUGGGUGAUACCUCGCUAUGUGGCCCUUGUCAUUCUCCUCUCGGGUACUUACGUAGCAUCUCCGCUCACCGUUGCCUGGAUAUCUGGUAAUACCCCUUCGCCGGGCAAACGUGCAAUGCUUCUCGGUAUCAAUGGCUGGGGGAAUAUGGCUGGUGUCAUCUCGGCUCUUCUCUUCAAGCCAAAGUAUGCUGAUGACGGUUACAUUGUACCUCUUUGGUGGACACUAUUUUGCGUAUCACUCUCCGCCACGGGUUAUGUAUUGUUUUACAUAAGACUCAAAAGGGAAAAUAAGGCACGCAGUAUGAUUCUGCGCGAGUGGACCGAAGAUGAGAUCGAAUUGGAGAGGCUUGAAGGCAGAGGACCGUCACCACAACAGGGUCAGUGGCUUCAAAGAGCCGCGGCUAUGACCAAAUCGAUCAGACUGCUCAACUGGCUUACAGGUUGGCUUGAGCGAGCUGCAAGACCUACUCGAGAGGGCGACGAUAGAAUUACGUUUGUAUACGGCUUAUGA